CCACAAACACUGGUGGUUCCCCUGCAGUGUGAGGCAGCAGCGAUGGAGGGAGGGAGGGAGAGUGGUGAGUACUUCUGCAGCAGAGCAACAUUUAACCUGAAUGAGGACCUAAACGAUGGAACAUCUGCCUUAAAUCGGGUUGACAGCCAUGUUCUCAAAGCAACAUCGACUUCAGAUCUCUGGUGAAAUGUACUUUGCAGUCUUCAUCCUGGCCUCUGCCCUCUCGGUGUUGUCCCUGCCUGAAGAUCUGAUAGAAUCAAGGAGACGAGUGGUGCAUGUGCUCGAGGAUGAGACAGGAGCCGUGAUUGUGCAGACAGCUCCUGGUAAGGUGGUGACACAUCGAGGUGGCUCCAUCACUCUGCCCUGCAGAUUUCAUCAUGAGCCGGAGAACACAGAUCCUGCUCGCAUCCGGAUCAAAUGGACCAAAGUGACCGAUGCUCUGCAGUUCGAGGACGUCUUUGUGGCCCUUGGAAAGCAGCAGCGUGUGUUUGGCUCAUACCGAGGACGUGUGUUUUUGGAGCGGGCAGGACCAGGUGACGCUUCAGUGAUCAUCCAAAAUGUCACACUGGAGGACUAUGGGCGUUAUGAGUGUGAGGUCACUAAUGACAUGGAGGAUGAUACGGGAUUUGUCAACCUUGACUUAGAAGGAGUCGUGUUUCCCUACUACCCUCGUGAGGGACGGUACAAGUUGAACUACCACCAGGCAGAAGAUACCUGCAAACACCAGGACGCCAUUCUGGCCUCUCAUUCUCAGCUGCACAAAGCCUGGCUGGAGGGACUGGAUUGGUGCAAUGCUGGAUGGCUGGAGGACGGCUCAGUCCAGUAUCCCAUUUCUCAUCCUAGAGACCAGUGUGGCCGCAAGGACACCCCGGCUGGUGUUCGCAACUAUGGCUACAGGCACAAAGAGGAUGAGCGCUAUGAUGCCUUCUGCUUUACCUCUAAGCUCAAUGGCAAAUUGUACUUCCUCAAACGAUUCAAGAAAGUGAAUUAUGCAGAAGCUGUGAAGGCCUGCAUUCGAGAUGGAUCAGCAGUGGCCAAAGUGGGUCAGCUGUAUGCAGCGUGGAAGUUCCAGCUACUGGAUCGCUGUGAAGCAGGUUGGCUGGAAGAUGGCAGCAUUCGUUACCCAAUUGUCAACCCCCGCUCUCGUUGUGGAGGUUCCCAGCCAGGGGUCCGUCACUUGGGCUUCCCUGACAAAAAGUUUAAACUGUAUGGGGUCUACUGUUUCCGCCAAUACAAGGAUGACACAGCUGGUUCUAAAUUGACAAAACCCCUGGAAGAAAGUGUGCUAAAGUGGAAGAGUAGCAACAGCAUCCCAAUGAAUGCCACAAAUGCUAUUUAAAGCUGACAACCUGGGAGCUGAAGGCGAUACAAUUUUAGAUUUGACUGCAAUAACUCAGUCUCCAUUCAUGACUUUUAAAGUUAAACACCCCCGGACAUGAUGUAGUCAUCUGCUGAUUUGCCAGAGUGAAUGACAUUGGCCGUGUAAAAUUAAUGGUGACAUCUUUAUUAUCCUUUUGUCUCUAGUCAGCCGAUUAUCUUAUGGAGCGUGUUAGCACGGAUCUGUCAUCUGGAAAAUUGUAAGAAUAAAUAGUGGCUUAAUCAUCAGUCAGGCACACAUCAAAAUCCAGCAACUGGCUGCAAACACAGUUGUUUACACGUGUGUCAAUGAUAUUUUUCAGUCUGGGGCUUUAAGUCUCCUUUGAGCCAGAACCACGAUGCCAGGGUGAAAAUUUAAUCUACCUGAAUUUGUGGAAAAAUUCAAGAUGUCUUGUGAGUUAAGAGUGCCUGUGUUUCAUAUGUGGUUGGCAAACCUCUUGCAAUCUCAUCUUUAGAAAUGAAUGAAGUAAAUGCUCACUAGCUCGAUAAUAGUUGCACUUCAAAUUAAAAGAGCUCAAUUUUAUAGAUACAUCUUAGUUAAAAAUUAAGCACGCAUGUCCUUUAUGGCUGAGAGUUGCUGCUUUGACUGAAUUUGCAAUAAUGACACCCAUGGUAGUCUCUUACUGUUCAAAGGUUCGAAGCUACCUAUUACAUUAUGAGCAUUACCUUUAUGACAGCGUAUGCUUGCAACUUUGCUUUUGAAUGGGGUGCUCGAAUACAAAAUAAAAGUCCUGUACUUGUUUACUUGA